AUGGCAACAUAUCAAACAUUCUCCAGUGCACCUAUGACGAUUAGCCUGUGCUUUCGAUUAUGCCGACAAUCGGUCAUUCUAAUCACGGCAAACCAUACGAAUUGUAUUUGCUUAUAUACAAUGAAUAAUCUACAACAAUUCCGUGAACAUCUUGGACAACUUUUAUCAAUCGAUGAUUGUACUUCGAAUUCAUUAGAACUCUACGCGUUGUCAAAAAAUGUUAAUAUUCUGCCUUCAUUAUCAUCGACAUAUGAAUGGACAUUGGAUGGAUGUUAUUAUCUCCAUGGUAUACAAAACUAUCAACCAGAUAUGUUGUUAACGAAUGAGGAUUACAUUCAAGGGAUAAGUUCUUGCCGAGAACAUUGUCAAAAGAUUCGACCAAGCGGUGAUUUUUCAUUUAUGUUUUCAUUGAAAAAAGCUUGUUAUUGCCUUCCGAUAACAAUAACGCCCAGAACUGCGGUACGAAAACCUCUAGUUCACUGCUCGUUUUUACCCUAUUUGAAAGCAAGUUUUUCAAACGUUUUCAACUAUUCGGAAGUUCAUUCGGAUACAGCGGUUAAAAUUGAUGUCCAACGGUAUUGUUCACCAACAUUCGUAUUUGAUCGAACGUUAUCUAUAUGCUUGAAAUCCAUUUCUAUUCGUUCACAAAAUUCCUAUUCAAGAACAUGUGUUCCAAUGUUAAUAGAAACACUCGAACAAUGGAAAUAUGUGCAUUCGUACCCAUCUGUACCGAAUGUGCGCACGUUUUUGCAGAUUGAAAGGAAUUCCUCGUACAUAUUUCAAUCAACGAAUACUUCUUUGUCAAUCGAUGAUAUAUGUGUAGUAGCCGCUCAGACAACUUCAAAUCGGUCAGCAUCGAUUGAUCUUGUUCCAUGUUCAACAGCAUCUCGAUCAGAUUAUAUCCUAUGCGCACAAAAACCAGUGCAACCGAAUAGUGAAGAUGAAACAGGAGUUCAAAACUUACAAGAUGAAGAACAAUUUCCUGUUGCUGAUGAAAUUUCUUGUCCAACGCAUUUCGUCUUGUUCAAUAAUAUGUGUUACUAUGUGUAUCCAUCAUUUGUAAAUAGUAUUCAAUCAGGAGACGAAGUUUGUGCUGGUAAAAACGCUGACAGUACUCUUGUGAAAUUGAAUUCUCACAACUGGGGAAAUAUUAACGCAACGAAGUUUCUUGGACGAACAAUCGAUGAUAUUCUUCUUGAAUUCUUUUAUUAUCAAUUAGAAUCUAACAAUGCAAUCAAUGGAAGAAACGAUACGAGCAAGAAACACUGGUUACGAUUACUACUCGGAGAAAAAUAUACACAAAAUGAAUGUGUUCUACGUUAUUUUACUCGUGCAUCAGGUGCAUUCACUGUUCUUCAUCGAUGUGUUGAUGGCGGUCAUCCAGUCUGUCAAUGUCAAGCAAUUCGACGAAAUAUCUCAAAAACUGAACUCAUUGAAAAAUCGACAGCCACUCCAUCAGACUUAACUGAAAUCAUUCAGUCUGAAACAGACACUCUGCCGGUACCCUUGAACUCAUCUAUUUCUGAUCCCAUGCCUGAUGAAGAUCUUCGUGAUAAUGAAACUAGAAUUGAUUAUCAAAUUCGCAAUACCAGUCGAUAUUCUCGCUAUCGUUCAUUCAUAAUCAUUAGCGUUAGUGGCCUGUUAGCACCCGUCAUCUUGAUCAUAGGCAUCGUCUUGCUCAUUCAUCAUGUUCGACGAAGUCGUGGAUCGUAUUCUACUCGUGGACCGAAACGUUCGUCAACAGGCACAACGGUAACAACAGAUGAACAAUCAAGUACACCGAGUGUGGUUUACACAAAAUUAAAAUCCUCUCCACCAUCAACAGCCAUCGAUAUAGACAUGUCAAAUCCGUUCGAUGACUCUGUUCACAUCGAUGAUCAGAUUCAAUUAUUACCAGAACUAGUCAUGCAACCAAAGCCCUCUGCCAUCGUUUCGUCAAAACAUGAACCUGAAUCUUCGAAUCAAAAUUUUUUGCUUGCAAACAUGACGAAUGAAUUAGAAGAAUUAGAGAAAAACUGGGAUGAACAUGCCGAAGAAUGGAAUCGUUGGAUUGGUGACUAUGGAGAUAAGAACCGAACAGAAUCAAGCGAUAUUUGCUUGUGGAAAUACGUUGGGGAUGUUGAGAAUCAAGUCGUUCUCGAUGCCGGCUGUGGUAACGGAUAUCUGACUAUAAAAUUUGUUCUUGAAACGCGUGUUAAGCACAUCAUUGGUAUUGAUUUGUCAUCCGUUUCUGUCAGGAUCGCAAAAGAGAACAUUGCUCGGCGAAUCCAAGAAGAAAAAGAUCGUGAAAGGGUAACAAUUCAACACGAUUCUGUCACUGAACUCAAAUCAGUUGAAGACAAUUCCAUUGAUUUGAUUAUUGCAAACUAUGUCCUCAUGGAUACACCGGAUCUGGAUUCGGUCAUCAAAGCAUUCACACGUGUUCUGAAGUCAUCAGGUCGAGUAAUUAUUGUUAUACUUCAUCCAUGCUUUGAUAUUGUGCCAGAGAAAGACGGCGCAAAACGUAUUUUUACAUGGACGAAAUCUUAUUUUGACGAAACAUCCGAGAGACAAGAAUGGGGUCCAUUUUCAUUGCAUAUGUAUCACCGAUCAAUGUCGGUUUACUUUCAAACAUUCAAAAAAUAUGGUUUGACAUUAUUAGAUUUCGAUGAGCCACGAUUUUUCUCAUCAUUGCAUCAGUACGAAUUCACUUGUUCAACGUUAUUUCAUUUAAAAAAGAACUAA